AUGGGCCAAACAUUGAGCGAACCAGUCACAAACAAAGAAUCCGCCUCAUGUGCUAAUGAGAAUUAUUUAGUUGGAAGUAGUUGUAUGCAAGGAUGGAGAAUAAGUUUGUGUUUUUUCUUUGCUCAUUCAUUAGUUUGAAAUUUUGCAAUUUAUUUUUUGCAGACAUGGAAGACGCUCACACUCAUUUGCUCUCACUUCCCGAUGAUCCGAAAUGCGCAUUUUUUGCAGUUUAUGAUGGACAUGGUGGAGCGAAAGUUUCGCAAUAUGCUGGAAUUAAUUUGCAUAAGAGAAUUGUGGCGAGAAAAGAGUUUGGUGGGUUUUUACAGAGGGAAAUGAGGGACAACAUAAAAUCCUAGAACCCGAUUUUCGAAAUUAUCUUUUUCUAUUUAUGAGUCGAAACUAAAAAGUAUUUUAUUGAAAAUCUCAAGUGAAAGAUGAAACAGUUUAGAACUUAAUUAGUCGAGAUCAAAAUAUUUGAACCCAAUAUUUUUGCAGCCGAAGGUGAUAUCAAAAACGCACUUCAACAAGGUUUUUUGGAUCUCGAUCAACAAAUGCGACACGAUGAAGAAAUGAAAGAUGAUGUCAGUGGAACAACGGCGGUUGUUGUUGUCAUCAAAGAAGAUCAAGUUUAUUGUGGAAAUGCGGGUGAUUCGAGAGCUGUUUGUUCAGUUCUUGGAGAAGCUCGGCCAUUGUCUUUCGAUCAUAAACCGGCCAAUGAAAAUGAGGUAAUUUUUGGGAGACAUGGGAUUCUGAUUGUGUCAGUUUUGGUGUUUUUGUAGCUACUUCAGAAGUUUGUAGCAAUUUUGAAAAAUAAACUCAAGAAAUCUUUAAUUUCGAAGUUUUUUCAUUUGAAAUGAUUUCCGCUUUUUCCAUAAAAUAUCCAAUUGUUUUUCAUUUUCAGGCUCGUCGAAUUGUUGCCGCCGGCGGUUGGGUCGAAUUCAACCGCGUCAAUGGAAACCUUGCUCUCUCUCGUGCUCUCGGCGAUUUCCUUUUCAAAACCAACGAAGAAAAAAGUGCCGAAGAGCAAAUGGUGACCGCAUUUCCUGAUAUUAUUAGUGAUCGACUAACACCGGAUCAUGAAUUUAUUGUAUUAGCCUGUGAUGGAAUAUGGGAUGUGAUGUCGAAUCAGGAAGUUGUUGAUUUUGUACGGCAACAAUUUGCUGAAAAGAAAGAUCCACAAUCGGUAAGGUUUAAAGGGUAGAUGAUGCGAGUUAUGAUGUAAAAAAAAGUUAUAAAAUGUAAAUUGAAGUAUCAUUUGUUUUCGCCCGGAAUCUCAAUUUUUGAAAACAAAUUAUUUUCCAGAUUUGCGAAGAUCUACUAACAAAAUGUCUAGCCCCCGAUUGUCAAAUGGGCGGUCUUGGAUGCGAUAAUAUGACUGUAGUUAUAAUUGGAUUAUUACACGGUCAACCAGCCGAAAAUCUAUUCGCAAAAUGCUCACGACAAGCAGUUAUCAAAUAUAGCAAUGUAAGUUUGUUGAAACAGAUUUUUAGAGUAAAAUAUUGCAGAAAAUCUCCUCAACUUGGGGAUUGUUGAAAGAUUGUAUGAAAAGAAGCUGGAGUUGAAAGAGAAAACUUGUUUUGUUAAAAAAUAAAAUUUGAAUUUUUGAUAUAUUUUUGAGUUCAACUUUCUAUUUUGAAUUUUGAAAAAUGAUAAUCUAAAGCUGGGCUUCUUUAGCAUAAAGAUUUUGACCAAAAUUUCUAGCCGAGCCAAUAUUUCAUCUUUAAAAUUUCUGAAGAUACUUAAAAACUCGUUGAUGUUGUGUUGUGAAUCUAGAAUGUUUAUAUUCUUGAUUGAAUCUAGGCAAUCAACAUGACGAUGGAAAAGAAAUCAGCGAUUUAACACAACUUCUUCCUUCUUCACUCACAACUUCUUCUUCUUCUCUAAUUAUUUUAUACUUAUACUAACUCAUUUAUCUCAAUUUCAAUUUGAUUGUUUUGAAGGAGAGUGAAGAAGAUACGGAAAAACGAAUUGUUGGUGAACAAGAAGAUGUGACAAAUAUUACUACGGGUCAACAACAACUUCAAAAUGUAGCUAAUGAUAAUGGUAAUGAAAUUGGAAGUGAAGUUGGUGCUGAAAAAUCGGAUGUUGAGGAAUUGGAGAAAUCGGUCAAAAAUGGUUGGUUUUUUUUUGAAGAUUAAAUCAAAAUUUAGAAAGAUUGAUAAUUUUGGGAAAUUUCACGGAGUUUAGAAUAAAUCAUGAAAAAAAUUUUCUGAAAAAAAAUAUUUUUUAAAUCCGGCUGCAGAAUUCUGAUUACAGUUUCUAAACAAGUUCGCUCGAUUAUAUUUCUCAAAAAUAUUUUCCCAAAUUAAAAAAAAGUCAAUAAUUAUUGCAGUAAACAUUGUGACGAACUCGACUUCAACAACAUCAGAUCCAACUUCAACCUCAGAUCCAGCUUCAAAUUCAGAUUCUGAUGAUGAUGAAUAUACACCAGCACCUUCAAAUUUCACUGUCUAA